GAGGCCACCAACAUACACGCACACGUUGAAAACGCAGUUCUCCUUUAAGCCGUGGUGAUUUUGGAAGUCGAUCGGUGGCGUGACAGCUCAAGGUUAUGGCACGUCGCCCUUCGCCCCAAGAAUUGGAAGCUGUAUUCACAAGUAUUGAUCGAGAUGGUUCAAAUACCGUCCACCGAAAGGAACUUGAACAAGCUCUCUUAAGAUCUGGUUUGCCCCCGAAAAACGCGGAUCGUUUGAUGAAGGAGCUGGACGUAAAUGGAGACGGGAUAAUAAAGUUGGAGGAAUAUCGCUUUGCUCUCGGCCUCACUGAUACGCCUGCAGCAGAAUGGAAGCGUCUAUUUGCUAUGCUUGAUCAAGAUCGCAGUGGCACAGCUUCGGUUGAAGAGAUCAGAGGACUUUUCAGUGAAGUGGGGCUUUCCUACAGCACAAGCUUGAUUGAGGAUUGGAUUCGUGAAUGCGACGUGAACAACGAUGGAAAGGUUAACUACAAAGAAUUUCUUGGAUUUGUAGCAGAACACUUAUGUUGAUGGAUGAACACGAUUGAUUAUUUGCACCGGAUCACAAAUGUUGCUGUUAUCACAUCUGAAAGCCAAAUACAUGCUACGCUUUACUUCUGAAUCGCUUUUUCGUUUGGCUUAGAAACUUCUCGGAAAUGAAUUUGAACGAAUGGCAACACAGUGCGAACCAGUCGCGCCUGGUCAAAUUUGUCUGAUACCAAACUGCCAACUGGAGCGAUUUGCGCCCGAUCCUUCCAAGCAUUUCUUAGACGGCCUUUGUUGAUGAGGUAAACUUCUGGCUCUUCAGCCAUCCACUAUGAGUUGGCUUCACUUAUAGUACGAAAACAGAACGCACCUUAGCCCUUGGAAAAAUCAGGAUGUGUCACGGCAUUUCUGCUCAACAGUUAGAAGAGCUCUUCCAAAGUCUGGACCGUGAUGGCAAUGGUUCCGUGGACCGAGAAGAACUGGCUGUUUCUCUUAAAGAAGCUGGAAUUCCAGGAAAAAAUGCAGAGCACUCAGGUGUUUCCAACGGUCCGUACAUUGGUUGCACUACCCUACAGCUUUUCACCCACACCAAGGUGCCUCGCCAACAAAAUUUCAACCGCACUUUGGUAUCUGGUAGCAAUUUCGCUGCCCUGGUAAAAGUCAGCCGCAAUAUAGAAUACAGGUGGAAACGUUUGUUUGUCACGCUGGACUCCGACCGAUCGGGAAAAGUGGACAAACGGGAAUUACAGCAAAUGUUCAACGAAAUGGGAAUGCAUUUUGCACUAAGCACUCUGGAAGACUGGAUAGCAGAUCACGAUGUGGAUGGCGAUGGAAAACUAACGUAUCAGGAAUUCAUGGGCUUUGUUGCAGAACAAAUUGCGCAGUAACAUGACUGCAAAUUUUCCGAAAAGUGUAAACGCACGAGGAAGUUCGUUCCUAAUAGGUCUAACUUGAUUUAAAAUUUGCAUGGCAUAAUCGGCCAACGUGAUGUUCGAAACAAGCAGGGACAGUUGCACGACAUUUAUAAUUUUCCCAAAGCGAUGCUCCUUUAAGUUGCUAUUUUCGUAUUCUGACUUCUUCAAAAUGUCUUGUGCCAAAAUUAACUUGGGAAUCAGGGUCAACAGAGAGGCAAGCAGAAACAUGCAGUGAAUUACAGUUGUCUUCCGCACAUUUAAAACGUUUAAACCCCCGAUACAUCGACCUAACGUUUACAAAUCUUGGUCUCCUCCGAAAAAUUGCUGGCAAAAGUUGAUGAAAACGGUAGGGCAGAGUACAUCUUCUGUCUGCUAUUAAAAUUUCUCUGCCUAAAGCGAAAAACUGGCUUUUCAGUAAUGCGCAGAAAAUGAGGUUCAUCGAU